AUGGAAUUUCCGGACCUUGGGGAACACUGCCAGUACGAGAGUUGCAACCAAACAGAUUUCCUGCCACUUCAAUGUAAAUGUAAGAAGGUGUUUUGCAGAGUACAUUUCAAUGCUCAUUGUCAUUCGGGCGAUUGUGAAUUAGCGCCAAAACCAAAAGAAAUUAACCUUAAGAAUGAUGACCAAAUAUUCAGGUGUUCAGAGAAAGGAUGUAGAAAAGGGAAUCUUCACGAAAUGUUGUGUACCAAGUGUAACAAACACUUUUGUAUAGAGCAUAGAUUUCAUCCGUCAUGUCCAGAAAUAGAUGAUGAGACCAUGGCGUUUAAAAUAGAACAACUAGAAGCUCCUAGAAGGCAGUUUCAAGAAGCAAAUAAACAUUUACAAGAAAAGAUCACGGAGAAUAUUAGAAAAGCCCUUCAGUCUUCUGCCAAAGUUAAAACAGCGUCAAAGAUACAUCUUAUGAGAUUAAAACAAAAGGCGAAAGGACCAAAAACAGUAACUCCAAAAGACAGAAUUUAUUUUGCUAUUAAAAAACCUAUAAAUGUGGAAGCUAAACCUGUAAAAGUCAUCAGCGAUUUUGAGAAUUUAAGGAAAAUUGACACAGUUGUUUUAGAUCCUGACUUAAAAGACACAAAUCCUGUGUUCAUUAGUGCAACAUGGAGUCUCGGGCGAGCUAUAGACAGUAUAUGUGAUAGCUGUAAUAUUCAAAAUGAUAAUAACAAAGUUGGUCCAACUAAGUUAAGGAUAUUUCGUCAGCUAGAUGGUUACUGUAUAAGCCCUGUCAAGAUGGAUGUGGAUAUCCAAGAUUUAAUUAAAAAUGAAAUUUUAUUAGAAGGCGAUAAAUUAGUUAUGGAAUAUAUAAGUACAGAUGUACUCAAUUGUCUUGACGAUACUGCUCAAGUUUUUAUAAAUUGUGAAUAA